GGACAAGCGGGCUGAGCGCCGAGUGUAAUGGAGGCCGAGUAACUGAGGGAAGAUAAAGGCUGUUUGUCCUUGGCUGCCGGCGAGGAUAGAGAAGCGCUCCUUUCAUUUUAAAACCACACACACAUAUAUAUUUUUGCAAAGUUUCUUUUGCCCGCCUCCUCCUCCUCCCCCCCCCCCUCGCGCGUUCUUGGGUUUUUAUUUUAAAGUAGGGGAGAGGGAGAGAAAAAGGCAAAGCUGGCGAAAAUGGACAUGAAGAAAAGGAUCAACCUGGAGCUGAGGAACAGGAGCCCUGGCGAGGUUGCGGAGCUAGUAAUCGACAACUGCCGCAGCAGCGAAGGGGAGAUCGACGGCUUCAGCGACGGGUUCAAGGAGCUGGAGUACCUCAGUAUGAUCAACGUCGGGCUCAAGUCUCUCUCCAAGCUCCCCAACCUCCAUAAGCUGCUAAAGCUGGAGCUGAGUGAUAACGCCAUCUCGGGAGGGCUGGAGAUGCUCACGGAGAAGUGUCCCAACCUUGUAUACCUCAACCUCAGCAGCAAUAAAAUAAAGGAGUACAGCACGGUGGACCCGCUGAAAAACCUGACGCAUUUGAAGAGCCUGGACCUGUACAACUGUGACAUCUCCAACCCCAAUGACUACAGGGAGAGCAUCUUCAAGCUUCUCCCCCACAUCACCUACCUGGACGGCUUUGACCGAGACGACCAGGAGGCUCCGGAGUCUGAUGACGAGGACGAAGACGAGGAAGAUGAAGAGGAGGCGGCGGCGGCGGGCGGCUAUUACGACGAAGAUGACGAUGAUGAGGAAGACGAGGAUGAGGAAGACGAGGAGGAGGAUGAAGAUGAAAAGGAGGAAGUGGAGGAGGUCGGACUAUCCUACCUCCUAAAGGAAGAAAUUCAGGAUGAUGAAGAUGAUGAUGAUUAUGUUCACGAAGGGGAGGAGGGAGAAGCAGGAGAAAAGGACGCAGCCGCUCAGGGGCAGAAACGGAAACGAGAAGCGGAUGACGAGGGAGAAGAUGACGAGUAGUUCCCCCCUACCUCCACCCCCAGGGGCGUGACCAAACUCCUGAUUUACCGCAAUACAUCGUCGUAACAUAUUUGCUAUGGUUUGGAUGGAAGCUGUCGCGAUUGGAGUUGAAGGGGGAGAGGAAAGGAGGAAUAACCUGGGAUUGUGUGUGGGGGGGGGGGGGGAAGGAAAUUAUUUUGUACUUUAAAAAAAAACAACAACAAAAACAUUCCAAUAUUCCCCACUGUCCUAGAUUUGUUUGUAUGGUUU